AUGGCUGCUGCUGAGAACAUCUUCGACUACAUAAUAGUCGGCGGCGGCAUUGCUGGCUGCACGCUCGCUUCUCUCCUAUCGAAAUCCAAAUCGUCGCCUUCCGUGCUGUUGAUUGAGGCUGGCCCUGAUGUAUCGGGCCACCCGAUAACCCAGGCUCCAUUGGCCUGCUUCGCUGCACACGGAUCGGACAUUGACUGGAACUACAAGACCGUGCCUCAACGACACCUCAAUGACCGGCCUCUUUAUGAAGCGGGUGGGAAGGCUCUGGGUGGUGGUAGCGCAACAAACUAUGCCACUUGGACUCGUGGACCAAAGUUCGAUUACGACCGAUGGGGUAAACUCGUGGGAGACGCGAGAUGGAGUUAUGACGGACUCUUGCCAUAUUUCGAAAAGACUGAAAAGGACUAUAUUUCAACUGGGACGGUGUCCAAGAGCAGCCCUAACCGCAAGUAUCCCUUGCGAGAUCAAGUUUUGAAGGCCUGGCUCAACCUCGGACUGGACAAAAUUGAAAACGCCAACAGUGGUGAUCCUCUAGGUGUCGGUGAAUUGGUCGAGAACUGGAAGGACGGGAAAAGGCAGCUCGCGAGUGUGGCAUUCGACUUAGGCGACGUCAAAAUCUUAACGGAAACAGUGGUGCAAAAGGUGCUUCUGGAGAAACGACAGGGAAAGCUCACCACCACAGGAGUACAACUUCAUGACGGGAGACAGUUGCUGGCAUCAAAGGAGGUCAUCCUCUCCGCAGGAGCAUUUCGAACGCCACAGCUCCUCAUGCUUAGCGGGAUCGGGCCAGCCAUAGAACUGAACAAAGCGAACAUCCCAACACAACUUGACUUGCCUGGGGUCGGCCAGAACUUCCACGAUCACCUUCUUAUCGGCUUCGCUUUUCGACUCAAGGACCCUUCGUUAGGUCUUGCCAUGGGAGGCGCAGCUGGUCCGUGGGCGGACCCAGCAUACCAAAUGGGCCUUGCUGCAGACUGGGUUGUAACUGAGAACGUCCCACGGUCUUUCUUGGAGGAGGCUGUAAAGGAAGAUAUCGCCAACGAUCCAUCUCGAGGUGAAGACGAUUACGCCGUAUCCCUUCUCGACCAUCGAGCAGCACACCUUGAGACAAUAGUGGUAUACGUUCCCAGUGGCCCACCUAUCACCAAUCUGCAUGUACCAUUUGACGGAUCCCACGUGGGUGCCGUGGUUGGAGUUAUGUCUCCGACGUCCCGUGGCAGAAUCGGCUUAUCUUCCGCCUCAGCAUUGGACCCUCCAGCCAUCGAUCCCAACUACAACGCAACAAGUGUCGAUCGCGCUCUGUUUCGUUAUGGUGUUCGUCGCGUGCUCAAAGCUGUGCACGACUCCAUGUCUGACGUGAUCGAGUCCGAAAAUCCUCCGCCUUCAUUGGAAGCCUUGACCGACAGGUCCUCUGAUUCAGCAAUUGACGCUCGGGUGCGAUCCGAAGCUCGCACCUUCUUCCAUGCGGCGGGCUCAGCCAGUAUGGGCUCUGUAGUAGAUACGGAAUUGCGAGUCAAGGGCGUCGACGGUUUACGGGUUGUGGAUGCAAGCGUGAUUCCAGUACCAAUUGGCGGACACCUUCAGGUGGCGACCUAUGCCAUUGCUGAGCAAGCCGCGGAUUUGAUCACGCAGGAAAAUUGA